GCUUUUAAUGUGUGUCUGCCCGCCUCUGUCAAAAAGAUAAAAUUUUGAGGUCUUCUUGAUAUAAAUCAAAUGGAGUCUGACAGAGUCUACCAUUGAAACACGUUUUGGGCGGCUCAUAUGGAGUUACUAUAUGUAGAAGCAGAUAUGAUAUGUGAAAGGGCAGGCAUUAAACACCUAUCUGUAGACAUUGAGUGUUAAACAAAGAGGGUCUGGUGGGUAUGGUAUGCAGUAGAUUGGCAACAAGGAAGAGGAGAGGAAUCCAUUAUCAAAACAGAAGCCGAAAUGAAAGCUCAUACCAGGCAGUAUGAAAAGCAAGGUUGUAAAAAAGCUUGAUCUCAACAAAAGCUCCUCACAAGAUAUUCAACCUCCUACAAGGUUAAUCAUGAUCGUUGAGACAGACAUUUCCAUUGCUUGAAACUAAAACAUUUGCACAUAGCUUUGGCGUCCGGCUCAACUAGUUGUAGAUUUUAACCCCAAGCGGAGGCGGCGGAAGGAAGAGGAGGAGGCGGAGGCGUUUGCGCAUGAAAUGAUGGAUCCAAUCGCACUCGCAAUCGCACUCGCAUGAUGUCUGUCUUUUCAUACCCAAAUGGGGCGGCCCACCAAAUAAAGCCUGGAGGGAGAUGGACGGAUAAAACUUUUCCACUCGCAUAUCCCCACUAAUUAUCUGCCCUCGCUUUCUUUUAUUCCUUUCCCAAAGUUUGUAUGGCCGGCUUUUAAUGUGUGUCUGCCCACCUUUGUCAACAGCUUUUUUGACAGCAAGCGAUAAAAUAUUCAGGUCUUCUUGAUAUAAACACAGUCUGACAGACACUGCACCAUCGAAACACGUUUUGGCCGGCUCAGUCUUGAGCAACUAAAUAUAGGUAUAGAUAUAAAAUGUGAAAGGGCGGGCAUUAAACACGGCUCUGUAGCGAAAUCUUUUUCGUGGAUCAAGUUUUAAGAUUGGGUAUUACCAUUAAAUAGAGAGGAUCUGGUGGGUUCCGUUCGGGCAGGGUAUGUCUGAGAGAGGAGAGUGGGCAAGCAGCAUGGCAGGUUCAGCCUCCAGUAUGAGAUGCAGACAGAAGCAGCAGGGUAAUACUACUUCACCAAAACAGAAGCAGGAGAGUAAUAGUUUAUCAAAGCAGAAGCAGAAGCAGAAGCAGAAGCAGAAAGGAAAGCCCAUGCCAGGCAGUAUGAAUAGCAAGUACUUGAUAAGCCUUUCCAUGGCCGUGAAUGUCUUUCUUCUCACUAGUCUGGUAUAUGAGAAAAACUACCAUACCCAUCCCCUUGUGAAUGCUGUUGCUGGGCACUCAUUGGUUGACAAGAUACGCCUACGACAACAAGGAGCAGAGGCAGACGCAGACGCAGACGCAGAGACAGAUCGGUACUUGCUUUCUCCAUAUGCAACUGCUCAGCCAGCGUAUAAAUGUCAUGCCUGCUUGACAGGCCACAACUGUUCUACCGUUGUCUCCAAUUGUAUUAUCAAUCUUGAUCAUGGAGACCCAACAAUGUUUGAAUCCUUUUGGAUUAAUAAGGGGCAAGAGAGUACAACUGUGAUUUUGGGAUGGCAGCUGAUGAGCUACUUUGCAGAUACAGAAAACAUAUGCUGGUUUCUAGAGCCAGAGUUAGCAAAGGCAAUUAGAUCUCUUCACGAUCUCGUUGGGAAUGCUGUGACUAAACGGCGUACUUUAGUUAUAGGCACAGGCUCAACACAACUCUUUCAGGCUGCAUUAUAUGCCCUGUCUCAACCGGGUCGGUCAAAGCCUACAGAUGUUGUGUCUGCUGCACCCUAUUAUUCGUCUUAUCCAGUGGUGACGGACUAUUUGAAAUCAGACAUGUAUAGAUGGGCUGGUGAUGCCUGGAAUUACAAGCAGAUAGUAAAUGAAGAUCAUUAUAUUGAACUUGUAACUUCCCCAAAUAAUCCUGAUGGGUUUGUGAGGGAAGCAGUUGUAAAUGGAUCUGGACCGGUUGUAUAUGAUCAUGCUUAUUACUGGCCACAUUAUACUCCUAUCAUUGCCCCUGCAGAUGGAGAUGUUAUGCUUUUCACUGUAUCUAAAAGCACAGGUCAUGCAGGGACCCGCAUUGGGUGGGCAAUUGUUAAAGAUGCGGAAGUUGCUAAGAAGAUGACCAAAUACAUCGAACUGAAUACAAUUGGAGUUUCGAAGGAUUCUCAGCUACGGGCCAGCAAAAUUUUGCACUCUAUUAGCAACAGUUAUGCUUCUGAGGUUGACACAGAAGAAUAUUCUAGCACUGUCGAAGAGACUAGAUUCUUUCAUCAUGGCUCUAAUUUGAUGGCAGAAAGAUGGAGGAGGCUUCGAGAUGUAGUAAGCCUUAAUCACAGAUUCAGCUUACCUGCAUUCCAAAGCCAGUUUUGCAACUUCUUUGGCAGGCAGGCUACUCCUCAACCAGCAUUUGCUUGGGUGAAGUGUGAAGGAAGAGAUGAUGAAGAAGAUUGUGCGAAGUUGUUGAGGAGUCAUGGAAUUAUCACUCGCAGUGGCAGGCAUUUUGGUGCCCCCCAAAACUAUGUGAGACUCAGCAUUCUUGAUCGAAACCACACCUUCAAUCUUCUCAUUGACAGACUCUCUGCCAUUCAUUGAUCUUCAUGUAAAUUGCGUUUUUUUGUUUCUACUGUUUGCAAAUGGCCCAAUGAUCACGCCUUUUGUAGUUAAGAAAAGAAGAAACAAGGUAAUUGAUAGGAAUUUGCAGGCAGCUCCUCCAAACUUAAAAAUCCCCAAAAAUAUUAGUUAUCAUAAUGGCGGCCUAAGUUUAUCACACUUAGUAAGGUCUGAAAGCCUUUCACAUGCGCCAGGGCCCUGGUAAUGAUAUCAAUAUGUCUAUUUCUUUAAAGUUUGGGUUAACAACCCAUUAAUCAUUAUCAUCCUAUUCUACCGUUCUUCA